AUGUCACAACUUGAUAAUACAUUUCUACCUGAUACUCCCCGAAAUCUAGCUGAUAUAGAUGGACGAAACAAUAGUGGAUUAGGUGAUCAAUAUGGGGAUCGAGAUAUAUGUACUGAUUUAUUACUAAAGCUCCAGAGAACUGAAGAACGAGAUAUUUCAGUCUUACAAGAAGAGUUAUAUAAAGAUGAAACAAAAGAAAAUUAUAAAUCAAACACCUUAUUUAGUGAGCAGACACCAAACAGGACAGAUUCAGUACUAAUUAAAAGAUCAUCGCUUAUUAAUAAAGAUAUAUUGAAAAGUAAAAAUAACUGUUUUGUUUGUAAUUCGGAAUUUCCUGAGGAAUUUGUCCCAGAUAGUGAUGUUAGAUAUUACUCACCGGAUAUUACAAAGAAAAAUAAGAAAAAGCAUGAUAAUCACUUUAUACCUAACUUGCCUACUAUUAAAAGUGGUUAUUCCAAAUAUUUUCCUGUUUUCAGACAACCAAGAUUAUCACCCUAUUCACAGUAUACCUAG